GAGAGCGGCUGGUAAAACAGGUUCUCCGCAGGGAGUUGUCUCCAAAACCCUGGGAGACCUGGAUGGCUGGAGCCCCGAGCACGGGUCUCCGCUGGAGCCCUGGCGCAGCGGGCGGCGAGGAGUGAUUUGCUUUUGCGUGGCACUCCUGGGCAGGGCGUCUUUUGCACGGCGCCGCUAGUAGACAAAUUACAGCCUUGCCUCUGUCAAGGUAGAUAAGAAACCAUGUGAUGCAGUGCGGUGGUAAACGGGUUGCGGGCAGGGUAAAGGUGCACAGGGAAAUAACCUUGCAGGGAGUUCCUCCCUCCUCGGGAAGCCGAGACUCCGGGCAGUGCAGAUCCCCGCGGGACCGGCAGCGCCUCGGCCUUGAUGCCUGCGCGAGUUUUGGGGGCUCUCUGAAACUCCCGGAAAGCAGGAAUGUCUUCAGGCAGAAGGAACUGGUCCGAUCUCUCCAGCCUGGCCAGGCAGAGGACCCUUGAGGAUGAGGAAGAGCAGGAAAGAGAACGCCGGCGAAGGCACCGGAGCCUGCUAUCCUCCACAUCGACGGAUGAAGAACCUCCUAGUCCUGUGAAAGACACCAGUCCAGCUUCCAGCAGACCUCAAUCCCUGGUGAAGCUGAUGUCUCCAGAGGACGAAGAAGAGCGUAAGCUCUCAGAGGUGUUGAAGACACAAGAAGGGAGACGGACAAGGUCCCCGAUGGCCGUCUCUGCAAAGCUGAGGCAGGAGAAGGAGCAGCAGGAGCCAGGGAUGGGAGCAAUCCGCACGGAGGCAGGAACGCAGCCACGCACGGGGCAGGACCAGGCUGGAGAUCGGGGUCAGGAUGCAGCCAAGGGCAGAGGGGACCCAUCAGGAGACCAGCGCCCAGAGCCGGCCUCAGAGAGGAAGGUGGUGGUGAGGGGACGGCUCCAGGACAAAGAGGGACAAGGUGUGGGGAUGCCUCAGGAGGAGCAGAGGAAGGAGGUGGGGGGGUCGCAGCAGCGGGCAUCACCUGAGCUGGGGGGCUGCCGCCUCCGCGAAGUGAGGAUUCUGACCAGACAGGGAAGCUGCAGCACGGAGGAGAAGACAGCCUCGGUGGUGACCUUGUCUCUGGACCAGCAGCAACCAUCCAGGAAUCCCUCAAAGGAGGUAAUACAGCUGUCUGCCACCCAAGAGGAACCUGCAGAAAAGUCAGAUACUUCUCCAACUCAGGUCACCUACAGCAGCUCCAUCAGACGAGCCAGCCCAAGAACUGUCUCCUUUCGGAUGAUCUCAAGAAAAGAGAAAGAAGAAAGCCAAAGCCCUCUCACAAGGAGCGCGAGUCUGAGGAUCCCAGGUAGCAGCACCACCAUUGGGGAGAAGCUGGAAAAGUACAACUCGGCCGUGCAGCGCUCGGAGGUGGUGAAAUCAUCCCUGACUAUUCAGAAGAAUCUCUUGCUGUCCUCGGAGGGGGUGGCCAGCAAGCGCAACUUCUUCGAGGCAAGCGUUCCCAGCAAGGCUGAGCCGCUGGCUGUCAGGAAGGACAACCUGAAGAUCCCAGGAUCAGUGACAUCCCGCAUUAAUCUAUGGAUCAGCCGAACUCAGGAGCCCGCCAAGGAGGAAAAAAGCAAGGACAUCAGGAAAAUAAACAGCCUGCCAAACCGUGACACUUGGGUAAAGCAGCCUGGAGACACCCCUGGAGACACCAAGUUGUAAUAAUAUCAGUUGCACUAAUAUCAGAUGAUCUGGGAAAAACCGUUUUGCUGUGAAGAUCAAAGCCCAGCCCUUCCCAACCGUCCAGCAGCCCACUGCCACGAGAGUCCCCCGCGCCGUGUGUGGGUCCCAGGUCGCCUCUGCUUGUGGGACGGGAAGGAAGAAGGCUGGAAGACUAUCCCUGCACCCCCAGUCCUCACUCACUGCCUCUCCAGGAGUGCCCAGGCCUGGAGGCUCCUUGCAAAUGCUGAGGGCAGACUCUUGCUUUGUUUCUCCACAAGAUUUUGGUGUUUUGCUCCCAAUCUCUGCCUUGUGCCCCAUAACUGCGCUUGCAAAGCGGAUCAGCCUGUACGUCUCUCUUGCAGCUGGAUGAUGUUAGUGGGGCAAGAAGCUGACCGGCCAAGGGAGUUUCAGCUGCAUGUCCAUGGACCAUGUCCAUCCCUGCUGCCUGGCUGGUGUGGGGUGAGGUGGGGCAGGCAGAUAUCACCCCCCUCCCAGGCUGUCACUGCUGGAGGGACCCAACCAAAGGCAAAUGGUGUUUGCAAAGUCACACGUGCAUCUGUGUAGCUUGGAGAAGUCUCAUGGAAGAAGGGUGGCCCUGGUGCUUCCCUCCAGCACGCGGCUGAGACAGAGACAGAGAUUUGGCCUUCUCCACCCUGCCCUUACCAUUCCCGGCCACCUACAAGCAGUGACCCCUUUCACGUAGUGAUACGGGAAGGGUGGGCUGGCCACGGCCCUGUUUUUGGGGUCGUAUGGAGCUGAGCGCCCUGUGCUGGGCCCCUGCUGCAAACCCCAUUUCCCUCUCGCCUUUCCUCCUGAGCCCUUUGCCCGUGGCUCUGCAGCCCCCUGGUCCUGCGCUCCCCGGGCUGCUGAGCCCACCCAGCAGGGAAAUGGGGUGCUCUCUCGAGACCAGUUUUAGGGUUCCAUGGGCAGCCCAUAAAAUGAUGCUCAAAUCCUUGUGCCGGGGGCCAUUCAAUGGGCUAGGGCUGUGCCUUGAGCAACCACUGCGGUGUCCAGAUUCGGUGUGUGACUCUGCUGCUGCCCUGAUCUGUUCUUGCUUGUUGGGCUUUGGAAAGGACUUGGUUUUCUCUGUGCCUUUUUUUUUUUUUUUUC